AUGGAGGGGCGGGUCUCUCCUUCCACCGCCCCCGCUGACGAUGACAAACCCGAUGACCCUCCUAUCUACUCACCUAUCUUCCGUCAAAUGACAGCCCCUGUCCAUCCCACCUCCGCCGCUGAUAACCCUUCAUGGCGUAGACUUUAUUCAUUCAACCCUACAAACCCUUCUGCUCAUUUGCGUACACCCACCAACCCUAAUGACCCUUCCGUUAACUGGCGUAAAUUAUCAGUUCAUUCUCCUCUCCCUUCGCCUACACCCGCCAACUCUAUCUCAAAUGACCCACCUCGUCACUGGCGUAGACCUUCCCUCAAUGGCACCAAUCUUCCGCUGGCUCCGCCUCCCGACAACCCUCAAGAAUUAGAAACCUAUGUCGUCCAGGUCCCCAAGGAUCAAAUCUACCGUGUCCCACCGCCAGAAAACGCCAAGUAUGUCGAACAAUUCAAGAAUACAACCAAGAAUGAGAGAUCACCUCAUUGCCGGCGGUUCUUGUGGGUUUUCAUAGUGGUGAUUGCUCUCCUUAUUAUGAUCGGAGCCAUUGUUGUGACCCUGAAGGUUGUGUAUAACCCAAAGGCUCCGACUUUCACCAUUGUCAAACUUAGUCUCCAAAAACCCAUACCCAAACCAUCAUAUGACACCCAAUUAUACAAGAUAUCAUUAAAAGUAAAUAACCUGAAUGAAAAAACUGGGUUAGACUACAAUGACGACGAGGGUGGUGGCGUCAAGUUAUAUUUCAAGAAUCACAAGCUUGGGGAAGGGAACUUUCCAGAGAUUGCGCAAGAUGCCAAGGCUUUAACCACCAUAAACUUCGAGCUCGCCGACGGCUUGAUGCAAGCGCCCAAGAGCAAAACCGCAUUGCUGGUGCUAAAUAUGAACGUGAGAUUGGGUAUCCGGGUCGGGUCAUGGAUAUUGUGGUCCAAGAAUUUGGGUGUCACCUGCGAUAUGAAGGUUACCGAAUUGGGGGUUAAAACGACUAUUCUGUCGCAAAAAUGUCAUAGCCAAUUCAAAUGA